AUGGAAGAAACAAACUACACCCGCCAUCCCCCUCAACUCUCUCCAUCCUCUCCUCUUGAGCCCGCCCCAAAAAACGCCCCAACCGCCUCGGAAACACCAAUGAACCAAACAUCCGCGCCAGACCCAAGCUCCACACACAAACAACGCAAAACAUACCUAGACAAACUCAAACUCUUCCAAACGAGCGAUUUUCAAAAACCAAACGAGUUAAAGGGAAUGAUGACGCGUCCCCUAAUCUUCCUAACCUUCCCAGUGAUUUUCUACGCCGGAUUCUCCUACGGCUCCAACCUCGUCUGGUUCAACGUGCUCAACGCAACCGCGUCUCUGAUCCUCGGCGGCACCUAUGACUUCGCUGCCAGCAUGGUCGGCGUUUGCUACGUGUCGGCCUUGAUCGGCGUAGCGGUGGGCGCCGCAUACACGGGCUGGCUCGGAGACUGGUUCAUCGUGCGCAAGGCACGGAGGAACGGCGGGAUCAUGGAGUCGGAGCACCGUCUGUGGCUGUUCGUUCCGUCGCUCGUGCUGAUUCCGUUUGGCCUGAUCUUGUGGGGUGUCGGGGCUGCGCAUGGCGUGCAUUGGUUUGGGCCGGUUUUCGCAAUGGGCGUCAUUGCUAUGACGAAUACUGUUGGCUUGCAGCUUUCGGUGUCGUAUUGUAUUGACUCGUAUCGAGCCUUGUCUGGAGAGGCGAUUAUCACGGUUAUUUUGGUGAGGAAUACUAUGAGCUUUGCCAUUGGGUAUGGGAUUACGCCGUGGGUGACAGAUAUGGGACUGCAGAACUGUUUUUUGACGGCUGCUUUUGUGGGGUUGGCGCAGGUUUGUACGGUGUAUGUUUUCAUCAAGUAUGGGAAGCAGCUGAGAGCGACGAGUGUUCCGAGGUAUGGGAAAUACGUUGAGAUCAUGGCAAAGACGGGGAUGGUGCACUGA